AUGAACUCCCGGUCAUUCUCCACUCUCAUCGUAAGAGGUCCAUCCUCGAUCAGCCGAACAGGAUAUCUGCGACUCUUCUCCGCGUCAGCAGCCCGUCCAUACAGCCCCCUCGAACCCAUUCACGACGAUCGCGUCGAGACUUUCCGCCAGCAAUGUUUUCUCCCAGAACAACCCGCCAUACUCCCACGCUCCAAGUUUCGUGACCUGCCUGCACUGAAGCAUUGGUUUCAGGGCAAUGAUCUCUCGACAGAGAACAAGACCUCCGCGGCGCGCUUGAAUAUCGAAUAUUUACAAGCGCACGGCGCGGACGCGUUUGUUCCACUAGAACUCACAGAGCUGGCCAACCAGAACUCAAGUAAUACGAAUGUAGUAGGCUUUCGGCAAUUCAAUGCGCCGAUGUCACUCUUCCUUGAAUGGAUGCGCGUGGCAGAGACAUCUCCACAGUCGACGCGACUCUACCUCGCGCAAUGUCAGCUUCUAGACCUCCCUCCAGUUCUGCGCGAGGACUUCCCGACUCCAGAUAUUGUUGCACAGGCUGGUAAAGGCGAUGUUUAUGAUACGAACGUGUGGAUUGGCCAUCCGCCCACAUACACUCCGCUCCAUCGUGAUCCUAACCCGAACCUCUUCGUACAGCUCGCCGGCCAGAAGGUGGUUAGGCUAUUAGCACCGACGGAAGGGCAGGCUCUUUUUUCAAAGGUGCGGCAGCAAUUGGGAAAAAGUGGCAGUCGAGAGGCUGCUGCUUUUAGAGGAGAGGAAAUGAUGCAAGGUCAAGAACGCAUUCUGUUGGAUGAGAUGGUGUGGGGUGCAACUGCUUCAGGGACUGGAUACGAAGCUCAUCUAGAGGCUGGUGAUGGUUUGUUCAUUCCCAAAGGAUGGUGGCAUAGUAUUAAAGGAGUUGGAGAAGGGUCUCGCGGGUUCCAGAAUCAUCUGCUCCACCAUCAUUUUCAUCUCCACCGCCGCCACCGUAACUUCCUCUCCAAUACUGAUAAUUCCAGCAUGCAGUUGUCGCGUACAGCCUACCGCAUCGCCCUCCUUCAACUAAGUGUAUCUCCGAUAUUUGCUCGAGCUCCAAUCCCAAGCGCAUCGCUCCUAAACACGUCACACCAACUCCAAACUCCCUACUCGCGACUCUACACCGUCCUCUUUCCACAGUGCGCCCCUAUAUCCCGACCACUCGAGUCAACUCGUCAAGCGCACACAAUGUCCACAGGCCCAGAGAAAAAAGAGCCCAGCGAUUCUCGCCCGCAAGAGGAAACCAACACACAAGCAAAGGAGCAGCUUGCUCUCCCGUCCACCGAGGACUCGUCAACCGCCCAACGUCUCGAUCUUAGUGCUGAAGGUGGAUCAACUAUCUCCUUUGAUCAUUUAGGUCCUAUGGUUGUCAAUGUGGAUGGCACGUUGGCCAGAAUCGGGAAUUGGGACCAGAUGACUGAGAUCGAGCGCAAGAAUACAGUGCGCAUCCUGGGGAAGCGCAACAAGCAGCGCUUAGAUGCUCUGAAGUCUGCCGAGGCUGCUCAAGCGGGCAAAGAGGAUAAAUAA